UUGUUGGAGUGUGUGUUUUAAGUGUUUUACCAGGCUGGCGGCGUACCUAGAAGGGGGCCCCGCCUGUGCAUCCGUGGGGGCCCUUACGCUAAGGGCUGGUCUAGCCCAUGUGCCCCUGGGCGGCCCCAAUUCAACGCAUAUUUACCACACCCAGCACAACAUAGGUCGCGCGGAGCCUCCAGCCGCAGGUAUGUUGAUCGCUUGCGCUGGUUGCGACAAGCCGAUCCUGGACAAGUUUCUUCUGAACGUGCUGGAGAGGACAUGGCACGCCGACUGCGUCCGCUGCUUCGACUGUCACGCCCCCCUGACGGACAAGUGCUUCUCGAGGGAAGGCAAGCUCUUCUGCAGAAACGACUUCUUCAGGCGAUAUGGGACUAAGUGUGGUGGGUGCGGUCAGGGUAUAUCACCCUCAGACCUAGUGCGAAAGGCAAGGGACAAAGUUUUCCAUCUUAACUGUUUCACAUGCCUGGUAUGUAGGAAACAGUUGUCGACCGGUGAAGAAUUGUAUGUUUUGGACGAUAACAAAUUUAUUUGUAAGGACGACUAUCUAGCGGGGAACAAGACGAGUUUGCCUGGUUCCCACCAUGAUUCGUUACUAGGUUCAGCAUCCGAAGAUGACGAAGACGAUGAUAAUAGUACAACAUCGUCAGUAAUGAAGCACCACUCCCUACACAGUUCCCUACCCCCCGCCCCAGGUGAAACGAAUAACAAUUCACUAUCGCAUUCGGACAUAGGGAGUUCUAUAAGCCAGGAAACGAAAGCCGGUCAAGACGAUUCGGAAGACCAGAAUUCGUUCGACGGCGACCCGGAAACGCGGGACUCUCAAACGGAAAACAAAAGUCCGGACGACAGCAGCGCAGGUUCGAAACGCCGAGGUCCCAGGACGACCAUAAAAGCAAAACAACUCGAAAUACUGAAGGGGGCUUUCUCGCAAACGCCGAAACCCACGCGACACAUACGAGAACAACUUGCCAAAGACACGGGACUGCCCAUGAGGGUGAUACAGGUUUGGUUUCAAAACAAGCGCUCCAAAGAGCGUCGUUUGAAACAACUGACGUCUAUGGGCAGAGGACCAUUUUUCGGUUCGUCCAGGAAAAUGCGAGGAUUCCCGAUGAAUCUCUCUCCCGGUGGUUUGGAAGACGGCCCGCCGGGAUUUCCCUAUUUUGCUACAGCCGACGGGAAGUUCGAAUUCGGCUACGGGGGGCCACCAUUUCAUCCGCACGAUGGUCCCUUUUUCCCGGGUCACCAUCCCAGUGGACAGCCCAUGCCUUUCAAUCAACCUGGAGGCCCCAUGGAACACGGAGGCCCCCUUCCUAUAGGCGGAGAAUUUGGCAGCAUGGCAGGCGAUCAGAGCCAGUUCAUGUCCCAGCAAGGACCUAGUCCUGAACACCAGAUGAUGAGUACCAAUGGUACCAGCGGCGGAAGAGGAGGCGGUAGUGGUAGUCCCGAAUUUAUGUCGCCCGGCAGUUUUACCGACAACCCUCAACAACUAAACGAGGGACUCGUUUGGUAGCUAGCAAAAGAACUGGCCAAAAGGGCUAGGGACUGACUCCUACAGUUUCGGAUUUACCAACAAUAUUACGACAUCCGCCAAGAAUAAACGUACUAUUGGAUGUGCUGAACAGAUGAAGAAACAAAAGACCGAGGUAUCGAUUAUCAUUCUCUUUUGUUCAUGUGCUACGUUUCAAUAUCGACAAAAGACGACCACAAAAAUACGCAUAUAAUAUAUUGAAUGUUUUUGUUUCGUAUUAUCGAUGUUUUUUCUGCAAUUCCGUUGUUUUGUUGCGCUGCAGAAAUGAAUUGUUUUUCAUUUUUAUGUACAGCUUUAUUUUAUUAAACGUUUACUUUAGCUUACUUUGUAGCUAGCAUUAAAACACAGGGGCGGGUUCAUGAGAUAUUAUUCCAAAAGUAGAACGGAAUUUUUGUUUUUGAAUCCUUUCCUGUGUGAAAACGCGAUAAAGUGCCAACAGUUAAGGAGAACUUAUCCGACGAUGAUGUUUAAUUUUUUCCCCAAUCUGAUUGUAAUAUAUAUAUAUAUACAUAUACAUAAUAAGACUUUGUAAAUAAGUAAGAUCGCGAAAAAAAAACUACAUAAAACUAAUAAAUGAUAAGGGAUCUAGGGAAGCGACGAUAUGAUGAUGAUAAUAAUGAAGUCAAAACACCGUUUCUAUCGAUAAUGGUAGGGAAGACAAGACGACCAUGAUAAUGUCAGAAUGAUAAAAAAAAUUAGUUGUUCAUAUUGAAUUGUACAGAACAAGUUUUAGGGUAAGGACUUUGUGUACAUACAUCAGCUGCUGCUAUAUUUUAAAUUAAAUGUAUAUUGUUAAUUCUAUCAUUGUCCAG